UUGGCGGCAAAAAGUUAUUUACAAUCAAUUUAUUUGUUUUCGCAAAACAGCACGGAAAUGUCAGACUUCGGCAAAGGCAAAGUGCUGCAAAAUACUGGUAAAUUCGUAAGCGAAAACCGUACGGAAGGAGACGACUUCUACAAUGAGGCGGGCUAUCGUCAAUCUCGGGAAAACGACAAAAUCGACUCGAAAUAUGGCUUCGAUCGGGUUAAAGACAGUCAGGAGCGAACGGGCUACCUCAUCAACAUGCAUUCGAACGAAGUUUUGGAUGAGGACAGGAGACUCAUAGCCGCCUUGGAUCUCUUUUUCAUCCAAAUGGAUGGUUCCCGCUUCAAAUGCACGGUGGCUUACCAACCGUAUUUACUCGUCCGUCCGGAGGACAAUAUGCACUUGGAAGUGGCUCGAUUUCUGGGCCGCAAGUAUUCCGGUCAGAUUUCCAGCCUUGAACACAUUACAAAAGAGGAUUUGGAUCUGCCGAAUCAUCUGUCAGGAUUGCAGCAGCACUACAUUAAGCUGUCCUUUCUGAACCAGACAGCCAUGACAAAAGUAAGGAGGGAACUCAUGUCCGCUGUGAGGAGGAACCAGGAACGCCAGAAAUCGAACACCUACUACAUGCAAAUGCUGGCCACCUCUUUGGCCCAAUCCUCAGCAGGUUCCGAGGAUGCCACGUUGGCAAAAAGGCAGCAGGAUUACAUGGAUUGCAUUGUAGACAUCAGGGAGCAUGAUGUACCCUACCACGUAAGAGUGUCCAUUGAUCUCCGUAUUUUCUGCGGCCAGUGGUACAAUAUCAGAUGCAGAAGUGGCGUAGAGCUGCCCAUCAUAACCUGUCGACCAGACAUCCUGGACAGACCAGAGCCCGUUGUCCUGGCCUUCGAUAUAGAAACCACCAAGUUGCCUCUGAAAUUCCCUGAUGCCCAAACAGAUCAAGUUAUGAUGAUUUCCUACAUGAUCGAUGGUCAGGGGUAUCUUAUAACCAAUAGGGAGAUCAUCUCUUCGAAUGUGGAUGACUUUGAGUACACCCCAAAGCCGGAAUUCGAAGGGAACUUUAUAGUUUUCAACGAGGAGAACGAAAUGCAGUUGCUGCAGCGCUUUUUCGAUCACAUCAUGGAGGUGCGUCCGCAUAUAAUAGUCACGUACAAUGGCGAUUUCUUCGAUUGGCCCUUUGUGGAGACUCGAGCUGCUGUUUACGACUUGGAUAUGAAGCAGGAGAUUGGCUUCUCCAAGUUGCGGGAAGGUAACUACCUGAGUCGACCCUCCAUUCACAUGGAUUGCCUUUGCUGGGUGAAGAGAGAUUCCUAUUUGCCUGUGGGAUCGCAGGGUUUGAAGGCAGUGGCCAAGGCUAAAUUGCGCUAUGAUCCUGUGGAACUGGAUCCCGAGGACAUGUGCCGCAUGGCCGUGGAGCAGCCUCAAGUGCUGGCCAACUAUUCGGUCUCAGAUGCGGUGGCGACUUACUACCUCUACAUGAAGUACGUGCAUCCGUUUAUCUUCGCCUUGAAUACGAUAAUUCCCAUGGAACCUGAUGAGAUCUUGAGAAAGGGUUCCGGCACGCUCUGCGAAACUCUGCUCAUGGUGGAGGCCUACCACGCCCAGAUUGUCUAUCCCAACAAGCACCAGAGCGAGUUGAACAAGCUCUCUAACGAAGGACAUGUUCUGGAUUCGGAAACCUACGUUGGUGGUCACGUGGAAGCUUUGGAGUCGGGUGUAUUCCGUGCUGAUAUACCCUGUCGCUUUCGUCUAGAUCCUGCAAUGGUUAAGCAACUCCAGGAUCAGGUGGAUGCCGUUCUGCGCCACGCCAUCGAAGUGGAGGAGGGAAUUCCCAUGGAGAAGGUUUUGAAUCUGGAUGAAGUGCGCCAGGAGAUUGUGCAGGGAUUGCAGGGCCUGCACGAUAUACCCAAUCGCUUGGAGCAGCCUGUCAUCUAUCACUUGGAUGUGGGUGCCAUGUACCCCAACAUCAUCUUGACCAAUCGCCUACAGCCUUCGGCAAUGGUUAGUGAUUUGGAUUGUGCUGCUUGUGAUUUUAAUAAGCCAGGAGUUCGCUGCAAACGCUCAAUGGAUUGGUUGUGGCGCGGUGAAAUGCUGCCGGCUUCGAGGAACGAGUUCCAGCGCAUCCAGCAGCAACUGGAGACGGAGAAGUUUCCACCUCUCUUUCCAGGCGGACCACAACGAGCCUUUCACGAGCUCUCCAAAGAAGAUCAGGCGGCGUACGAGAAGAAACGACUUACGGAUUAUUGCCGAAAGGCCUACAAGAAAACGAAGCUGACCAAACUGGAGACCCGCACCUCGACCAUUUGCCAAAAGGAGAACAGCUUCUAUGUGGACACUGUGCGAGCUUUCCGAGAUCGUCGUUACGAGUACAAGGGACUCACCAAAGUGGCCAAGGCAUCGGUGAAUGCGGCAGUGGCUUCCGGCGAUGCAGCCGAGAUUAAAGCAGCAAAGGGCAGGGAAGUGCUCUACGAUUCGCUGCAGUUGGCACACAAGUGCAUCCUGAACUCCUUCUACGGUUAUGUGAUGCGAAGAGGAGCCCGCUGGCAUUCCAUGCCCAUGGCGGGUAUUGUGUGUCUAACUGGCUCGAAUAUCAUCACCAAAGCCAGGGAAAUCAUCGAGAGAGUGGGUCGUCCUCUGGAGCUGGACACUGAUGGUAUUUGGUGCAUAUUGCCUGGUUCCUUCCCCCAGGAAUUUACCAUCCACACGAGCCAUGAGAAGAAGAAGAAGAUCAACAUAUCCUAUCCGAAUGCAGUGCUGAAUACCAUGGUUAAAGAUCACUUUACCAACGAUCAGUAUCACGAACUUAGAAAGGAUAAAGAGGACAACCUUCCCAAGUACGAUAUCCGCGAUGAGAACUCCAUUUUCUUUGAGGUGGAUGGACCCUACUUGGCCAUGGUUUUGCCCGCUGCCAAAGAAGAGGGCAAGAAACUGAAGAAAAGAUAUGCCGUCUUCAAUUUCGAUGGCUCACUGGCUGAACUCAAAGGAUUCGAGGUGAAGCGACGUGGUGAACUGCAGCUAAUCAAGAACUUCCAGAGUUCCGUCUUUGAAGCUUUCCUCGCAGGUAGCACUUUGGAGGAGUGCUAUGCAUCUGUGGCCAAGGUGGCGGACUAUUGGCUGGAUGUGCUGUACAGCAGGGGAUCCAAUCUUCCCGAUUCUGAACUUUUCGAACUGAUUUCGGAGAACAAGAGUAUGUCCAAGAAGUUGGAGGAGUAUGGAGCCCAAAAGAGUACUUCUAUAUCAACUGCAAAACGAUUGGCCGAGUUUCUGGGCGAGCAGAUGGUCAAGGAUGCGGGUCUGGCUUGCAAGUACAUCAUCUCCAAGAAACCUGAAGGAGCACCGGUCACCGAGAGAGCCAUUCCCUUGGCCAUUUUCCAAUCCGAACCAAGUGUAAGGCGUCAUCAUUUGCGCCGCUGGCUGAAGGAUAAUACAAUGGGAGAUGCAGACAUUCGGGAUGUGCUCGAUUGGAACUACUAUAUAGAGCGAUUGGGAGGCACUAUCCAAAAGAUUAUCACCAUUCCCGCAGCUUUGCAAGGCUUGGCAAAUCCUGUGCCCAGAGUUCAGCAUCCCGACUGGUUGCACAAGAAAAUGCUGGAGAAGAACGAUGUUCUAAAGCAGCGUCGCAUAAACGAGAUGUUCACCAGCAGACCCAAACCAAAACCCCUGGUUACCGAAGAGGAUAAACUGGCGGACAUGGAGGAUUUGGCUGGCAGGGAUGGCGGAGAGGAUGCUGCUGGACGUCCCAUUGUCACCAAACGAAAACGUGUUCAGCUGGAGGAGAACGAUGCGGAGGAGGCGCAACCACAGGCGACCACUUGGCGACAGGCUCUGGGUGCACCGCCACCGAUUGGAGAUACCAGGAAGACCAUCGUGGAGUGGGUUAAGUUCCAGAAGAAGAAAUGGAAGUGGCAGCAGGAGCGACGGCAGCGGAGUCGCCAAGCCAGCAAGCGAACCCGUGGCGAGGAUGCUCCAGUGGUUAGGGCUACAGGAUCUACAGCAACCUUGGGUGGCUUCCUGCGAAGAGCACAGCGCACGUUGUUGGAUCAACCCUGGCAGAUUCUGCAACUGGUGCCCAUCGAUGAUCUGGGACACUUUACUGUUUGGGCGCUGAUCGGCGAAGAGCUGCACAGGAUUAAGUUGACAGUGCCGAGGAUUUUCUAUGUGAAUCAGCGGAGUGCAGCUCCACCGGAGGAGGGUCAACUGUGGCGCAAGGUUAACAGGGUCUUGCCGCGAUCCCGACCGGUUUUCAAUCUCUACAGAUACAGUGUUCCCGAGCAGCUUUUCCGUGACAACUCCCUGGGAAUGUUGGCUGAUUUGGCCACGCCCGACAUAGAAGGUAUUUACGAGACUCAGAUGACGCUGGAGUUUCGAGCUCUCAUGGAUAUGGGUUGCAUCUGCGGUGUCCAGCGAGAGGAGGCACAGCGCUUGGCCCAAUUGGCCACCAAGGAUCUGGAGACCUUCAGCAUCGAGCAGCUGGAACAGCGACCACAGACACAAGUCAAAUAUCUGGCGAGUGCCAACAAUCGAUUGCGCAAGAUCUACUUGUACCAGCACAACACACCGACGGCGAAGAAGGAGAUCUGGUCACUGAUCCUGAUGCCCAGCAAGAAGGCCUACAUCUUCGCCUUGGACACCGUGCGCGCGAAUCAAAUGCCCAAUAUGCGACAGCUUUACACCGCCGAGCGUUUGGCCUUGCUCAAGAAUCUGACUGUCGAAGAGCAGAACAAGAUUCCCCUGGAGGAUUACACCUUUGAGGUUAUAAUAGAAGUGGAUGUGAAGCAGAUCUACCGACACAUCCAGCGGGCGUUGACCACCUACAAGCAGGAGCACCAGGGACCCACGAUUCUCUGUCUGCAAACAGCGCUGGAGGCACGAAAACUCAGCCUGGCGAUGCCCAUCCUGCUGGAGUUCCCGCAGGCGCAGAUCCACAUCUCCGAUGAUGCCAGCCUGCUGUCCGGCUUGGAUUGGCAGCGACAGGGUUCCCGUGCAGUGAUCCGUCACUUCCUCAACCUGAACAAUGUGCUGGACUUGAUGCUGGACCAGUGUCGCUACUUCCAUGUGCCCAUUGGCAACAUGCCGCCGGACACGGUGCUGUUUGGAGCGGAUCUGUUCUUUGCCAGGUUGCUGCAGCGGCACAACUUUGUGCUGUGGUGGUCGGCGAGCACCCGGCCGGAUUUGGGUGGCCGCGAGGCGGAUGAUAGUCGCCUGCUGGCGGAAUUCGAGGAGAGCAUCAGUGUGGUGCAGAACAAGGCGGGUUUCUAUCCGGAUGUUUGCGUGGAACUCGCUCUGGACAGCCUGGCGGUGAGUGCUCUGCUGCAAUCGACGAGGAUUCAGGAGAUGGAGGGUGCUUCGUCUGCCAUCACCUUCGAUGUGAUGCCGCAGGUUUCGCUGGAGGAGAUGAUUGGCACCGUUCCGGCGGCCACAUUGCCGAGCUACGAUGAAACGGCCCUCUGCUCGGCUGCCUUCCGCGUGAUGCGCUCCAUGGUGAAUGGCUGGUUGCGCGAGGUGUCCAUCAACAGGAACAUCUUCUCCGACUUCCAGAUCGUUCACUUUUAUCGCUGGGUGCGUUCCAGCAACGCCUUACUGUAUGAUCCUGCUUUGAGAAGAUCCCUCAACAAUCUCAUGAGGAAAAUGUUUCUGAGAAUCAUAGCAGAGUUCAAGAGACUGGGUGCCACCAUAGUCUACGCGGACUUUAACAGGAUCAUCCUUAGUUCCGGCAAGAAAUCCGUUUCGGAUGCCCUCGGUUAUGUGGACUACAUCGUGCAGAGCUUGCGGAACAAGGAGAUGUUCCACUCUAUUCAACUGAGCUUCGAGCAGUGCUGGAACUUUAUGCUUUGGAUGGAUCAGGCCAACUUCUCUGGCAUCAGAGGCAAGCUGCCCAAGGGAAUCGAUGAGACGGUGUCCUCCAUAGUUUCCACAACCAUGCGUCGGGAUCCGGAACAAAACGAAGACGAGGAGGAGGACGAAGAAGAGGAUGCGGAAAAUCGAGAUCCCGUUGAAAGUAACGAGACCGAGCAGGAUCAGGAGGAUGAGCUGUCCCUGGAGCUCAACUGGACCAUUGGCGAGCACCUGCCCGAUGAAAACGAGUGCAGGGAGAAGUUUGAAUCCCUUUUAACUCUGUUUAUGCAAUCUCUCGCCGAAAGGAAGACCACAGAUCAAGCCAUUCGUGAUAUCUCGCAUUGCGCUUUCGAUUUUAUCCUCAAGCUGCACAAGAAUUAUGGCAAGGGUAAACCCAGUCCGGCACUUGAGCUCAUCCGUACCCUGAUCAAAGCUUUAAGUGUGGACAAAACUCUUGCGGAGCAGAUUAACGAGCUGCGAAGGAAUAUGCUGCGUUUGGUGGGGAUCGGUGAGUUCUCGGACAUGGCCGAGUGGGAGGAUCCCUGCGACAGUCACAUCAUCAACGAGGUCAUCUGCAAGGCCUGCAAUCACUGCAGGGAUCUGGAUCUCUGCAAGGACAAGCACCGCGCCAUGAAGGAUGGAGUACCCGUUUGGCUUUGUGCCCAGUGCUAUGUGGCUUAUGACAACGAGGAGAUUGAGAUGCGGAUGCUGGAUGCUUUGCAGCGCAAAAUGAUGUCCUAUGUUCUGCAGGAUCUGCGCUGCUCACGAUGCAGCGAAAUCAAGCGCGAAAAUCUGGCCGAGUUUUGCACCUGCGCAGGCGGCUUUGUGCCGCUAAUUAGCGGCAAGGAUAUUCAAAUUCUCCUGAGCACAUUUAGCAAGGUGGCUACGAAUCACAAGAUGCAGUUGCUACAGCAGACGGUUCAUCAAGCACUAAACACACCGCGGUGAGGAG